AUGAAACUAGGAGUUGAUACCAAACUCAUGGCCUUUUCUCUUCUCCAAUCUCUCCCAUGCACUCCUGAAUGUCAAAUAUUUCAGUCACCGGUAAUCAACACAAUUGAAGAAAAUAAACUUACCUUUGAUGCAGUUGAGAUCUGGAUCAAUGCAGAAGUUGCACGACAGUCAGGAAAGGCCCCUGGAGGUUCUGAAUCAGCACUCAAAUCCGAGGAGAAGUGGUGUGACUUCCACAAAGUCAAAUCACACAACACCUUGGAGUGUCGAACACUUCAGUCAGCUGAAAAAGGUCAAAGGAAAAAGGGAAAGGAAAGACACAAGGAUAAAGGAAAAGAGAAGGAGAAGGCAAAUACAGCGGAGCAAUCAUCUGGAUCUGACUCCGAGAAGGAACAGAGUCAUAUUGCAUUGGAACAUGUACAUAUUUCCAAGCUACUUGCUAAACGCAUUCAAGCUUACCUUGUGAACAUACCAUGUUCUAUCCUACAAGCAACUGUUGGCAAAAAAGACUACAAUAUUGCACUGUCAAAUGUCUUACUUGUGCCAAACUUCAUGUUAGCACUCGUCUCUGUCCACAAAUUGUCCAAAACGGGGUUAUCAACACUUUUUCCAGCAGGGUCAAAUGCUUGUGAAGUUCGGAAAAAGGAGGAACUUAUCCUCACUGCCUUACACAAGUGA